AGCCAGUCGAAGUUCAGAAAAUCCAAGCCCGCCGGCUCAGUACUUCAUUUGGCAAUUCCGGACCCCGGAUUUGACAAGCGCGUAGUCAGGUACACAGGCCGGCGGGACCAUUAUCCGGGUGUCCUCCGGCGUUCAACCUGCUACACUCCGUUCUGCCCGCAAAGCAGACAGUCCAUUUGCAAGCAAUUGGUAACUACCACUGACAAUGCCUGUAGAACUGUCAAAAAUACCGACACUUCGUGAAUUGUACAAAUCUGGUGUCCUUCAUGCUGUCUCAGCAGAAAAAGCGCACUUCUCACCAUCCUCAAAGCUACUUGAUCGCGUUUCAUUAUAUCAAGGAGAUAUAACGAAACUUGAAGUUGAUUCCAUCGUCAACGCUGCCAACAAGAGUCUGCUCGGUGGUGGUGGCGUCGACGGCGCCAUACACAGCGCCGCUGGUCCAAAGCUUGUUGAGGAAUGCGAAACCCUGAAUGGAUGCGACACCGGUGAUGCCAAAAUCACCAAAGGUUACGACUUGCCGUCGAAACAUGUCAUACAUACCGUGGGUCCAAUUUACUCCGAGUCUUGUGCAGGGAAAUGCGCGGAACAGUUAGCUUCUUGCUAUUGGACAAGCCUUGAGCUUGCUUUCGAUAACUCCUUGAAACAUAUUGCAUUCCCGUCAAUCUCUACGGGCAUAUAUGGCUACCCGGUACCUGACGCAACUCAUGUUGCUUUAGGCGAGGUGAGAAGAUUCCUCGACACGCAUAGCGAAGAGUUGGAGCGUGUCAUCUUUGUUGUAUGGAGUGAUGCGGACAAGGAUGUAUACGAAGAGCUGAUUCCGCUGUAUUUCCCUCCUCCUGAAAUUAAUCUGUAAUUUUAUGUUAUUCCACCUUCUUAACUAGCCGUCGUUUCAUUGAGAUCAUGCGGCUCAGUUUUUUAACUAACAAUUUCUGCCGUUUUCUUUUCGCAGGAAAUACGACGCCUGCCUGAUCCCAGUAUGUCGGCUUUUAACGCUUCUUUCAGCGUCGUUUACAAGUAACAGAAGCUUUUCUGAGUCUCUGACUG